UCUUGCGAAAAGUUUGGUACAAACAUAAAUGAUGAAGAUCCAUUCACAAGCUUGAUAUCUGCAAAAAAACCUUUAUUCAGAUCGUAUUAAAUUGGCAAAGAACAUUACGGAAAAUGUUGUCUCCAGUUGAAAGAAAUUUACAUCUCUUGAGUUUAGUCCAACUUUUGGUGAUGCAAUACUUCUCAAAGGACAACUUUUGCACUGUAUUUUACCGUGAUCAAACUCUGAACACUAAGCAAAACGAUUUUCUUAGUGCUGUGGACCAAUUUACAUCAUCGGAGCAAUUACCAGUAAUUUGGAUUACUACUGGAUUUGACAUGGAGCAAGUCCUCGUUGAACAGGCUAUCGAGCUUGGAUGUCAAUCGUACAUGGUGAUCACUGAAGAUGUAAACUUAUUUUUCGAGAUAAAACUCGCCGUAAAGGACCGUACAGAGCAACGAAGACGAGACAAGUUCUUUUUGAUUUUUGUCGAAAGCAUUUCUGCUCUGAGCAACAAUCGGAUUUUGCAAGAAGCUUUCAACUGUUGAGUUUUUUGGGUCUUUCAACUGGCAUCGUUUGAAAGCAACUUUAAUCUGUUUUAGUUUAUCCAAAUUUGUGGUUCAUGACGUCUUCGAAAGAUCUCGAAAAUGGAUUCGAUUUCUACACCCAAAACUUCUCAAUUUCAUACUCCCCUAAACUAAACUAUGCGAACAGUUUCAACUUGAAUACAUCAUCCUUCACCUCGAACGCCAGCUUAUUCCACGACAAACUCUCAAAUCUGGGUGGAAGACCCAUUCGAACCGGAAUAGUGGACUACGUUCCGUACGUAACGAGCGAAUUCAUUGGCGCGGACAGGGGGAACGUCGAUGUUGUCAACUCUAGCCGUUCGAGAGAAUUGCUGAUUGACGGAUCGGAAGGCAUUUUGAUGGUCGAGUUUUGCAAGAUGUACCACUGUAAUCUAAAAGUGUGGGCUUAUGGAGCAGAUAACUGGGGAUACAUUGAUGAUGUCGAAAACGGCGAAGGAAUGCUUCAUUCGCCACUGAUCAAUGAAACUGAGAUCGUUGUUAGCACAGUUUUCUAUCAGUGGGUUUACAAGUUCUUGGACUACAGCAGUCCAAUUGUUUUUGCAUCCAUCUUGAUCAUGGUUCCAAGGGCAAAACUCUUGCCAACCGUGUUGACACCGCUGUAUCCGUUCAAUCCCUCACUAUGGCUAACGAUUUUCAUAUCUCUAAUAGUGAUGACGGUAGUUCACUACGGUAUCAGUAAAUUGAAUCUGUUUGGAUCACCAAAACCUCGGUUUGAAAAGUCAACCUUUGAUAUAAUCUCCAUUUACUUGGACCAGGCGAUCACACAUAACAAAAGCACCUUAUCGUAUCGAGUACUAAUAGCAUGCGUACUUCUGUCUGGAGUGGUAAUAAGCAAUUCUUAUGCAGGAGGACUCGCAAGUGUUCUGACCGUUCCAAGAUAUGAGAAAUCUCUGGAGACCAUCCACGACUUCGCCCAGAGUCCAUACCGCUGGGGAGAUCCGGCAAUCGCUUGGAUUCUUGCGAUUGUUGAUGCGGAAUCAGUCGAUCUGAAAACCGUCGUCAAAAAGUUCGACAACAUCCCCGACGUUGAGCAACUGUACCAGCGCUCCCUACCCGGAGACUUUGGCAUCGGAAUCGAGUUCCUAACCUGUCAGAAGAUAAACGUUGGACCGUACAUCCGCGAGGACAACGUGCACCUGUUUGAGCUGCCCAAGGAGAUGCUGUACUACAGUUACACCACGGUGGCAUCCCAGCGGGGUUGGCCCAUAAUGGACCGGCUGAGCCAUUUUAUUCUGGUUGUUAACCAACACGGACUCGUGCUGCACUGGGAAAAGCGAAAUCUACGCAGAUUUCAAACGACACGGCUGGAGGUUGCGCUCGAUCCGGCCGUAUCCGGGUGCCAGAAGGACGUCGAGGUUCAGGCGCUGACUGUGGAACAUAUUUUUGGACCUAUGUUUAUCCUGUUUGUCGGAGCUGCUUCCGCGACUGGAACAUUUGUGCUGGAGAUCGUGUGGCAUUCACUUUGGUUGAGUGUUGGAAAGUGGAAGCAGAAUGGUUAAAUUUUUAAUUACUUGUUUAUAGUAGCUGCCUCGUUCUAACGCAAAACAAUUUGUUG